UCUACAUUGGUCCAUUUCAUUUCAUGCCCUGAAAAUUUCUGAUUCUCUUCUUUUCCCGCCUUUCCCAUCCUCUAUUUCCAGGUGUCUAACAUCUGUUUGGUUCUCGAGAAAAUUCACCAAAUUGCUAAACUAAUUUAUAAAUAAAAUCAUCAAGAUUCCAGAUUCUCUCAGCGAUCAUUACUGUCAAGAAAGCGAUUUAUAAUUUGCUUCAAAUGACUGUUCGCUCCGGCUCACUCUUAAUUUGCCUUCUGAUUUCGUUGUUCUUCACAAUCAGUUCUUCAAGCAAUGAAAGCAGAGAGGAGAAUACACUGGCUAUGAUAAAGCCAGAUGGAUUAUUAGGUAAUUAUACCGAAAGGAUAAAAGAGAUGAUUGUGCGAUCUGGUUUCAAUAUUGCUAAGGAAAUCGUUACCCAACUUGACGAAGACCAUGCUUCAACGUUUUAUGCCGAGCACUCUUCCAGGAGCUUCUUUCCGAAUCUUAUAAAAUACAUGACAAGUGGUCCCGUGUUGGCUAUGGUAUUGAAGAAAGAAAAUGCGGUUGUAGAUUGGCGUGCUCUGAUUGGACCAACUGAUGCACAUAAAGCUAAGAUUACACAUCCUGACAGCAUCAGAGCACUGUGUGGGCUGGACUCAGAAAAGAACUGUGUUCAUGGCUCAGACUCAUUGGAAUCAGCUCAAAGAGAAAUCUCCUUUUUCUUUGGAGAGAUAUACUCAGGUGAGGCGGUUGGAAUACAUGAUGAACUGUGAGUGGAAUGCACUGAGGAGGACUGCAUGUUAUUUUUAAAUGCAGGACCCUGUUGUUAUUUAAUAAGCAAGAGAUCCAAUGAACGGAGAGCUAGUCAAACAAUGAUGGCUACCAGAGGUCCACACCAUACAAGGUCACUUUAUACUUUGCUUAAGUUCCAUUACAUUCCAGAUAUAGUAAGUUUUGCAUUAUUAAGUUUUUGCUCCUAAACUCUAGGCAUCUAGUAUAUACUGUAUAUGCAUCCACUCACAUGGCUUCUUCCCUUCUUUUUGUUAUCUUGGUGGGAGUGAUCCUUGACUAACUCAUUUGCAUCUCGAGGAAGUAAUAUUAUUUCAUAAAACUUUUUUACAUGCAUAAAAACUUUUACAUUUUAA